AUGCCCUUCCCUGAGUUACUUAAAAAAAAACUGGCCAAAGUAAAACGUUUGAACCAAGUCACGGCAAACAUACUCGCCCCUGUCAUCAUAAUAAUGUUCAUAUUUUUGUUCGUUGGUUUCUUUGGCAAUACUUUUGUAGUGAUGAUGUACAGAAAACGGCGACAGAAAACAACAGCGCAUGUGUUUAUAAUGUUUCUCGCUAUAAUUGAUUGGGCGGCAUGUGCAAUUAUCCAUCCAUACGUCAUCUAUAAAUUGUUUAACUCUCAUGACCAAACGUGGGUGACGACAUGCAAGUUUUUCGAAGUGUUUAUUCACUUCAACCUGGCUCUAUCCGGCUUGGCUCUUCUUCUUAUUGCAAUUGACCGCUACUUAGCGAUAUGCCACCCAGUCAAAUUCCUUAUGUUUGAUAAGCACGUGAUCAAAGGGAUAACUACAAUCACAGUGAUUGCUUUUAACAAUGACGACUUUGAACAUUUAAAGAGACUCCAGAAAAGUGUUAAUGAUGCUGAAGCAGCCUCAAAGAAUCAUAAAGACAGCAAGAGUUCGGCUUUUGGAAAUAAAAGCUUCAAAAGUCGUUUAAAAGCCGCAAAAAUAUUGUUUUGUGUUACCGCUGUGUUCUUCGUAUCGUGGCUUCCUUUCCUUUUUGUUCGUUUGGCAACAACAAUAAAUGAGGACUUCUGGAAUGACAAUUCUGAAACAACCAUGGUCAUCCGAUGUUUUUUUGAUCACUUGUUCUAUUUAAACAAUGCUAUUAACCCAAUCAUUUACACACUAAUUAAUAGAAAAUUCAGACAGGAAUCCUCGGUCGUGUCAAAUAGCAUCGCAUUCAAGGCUGCAUUCCUCGUGCGAUACGACUUCACACAAGCAUCUCGAGUGAUGAAACGAGUUCAGAACACCAUACAAGCGUAG